AUGCCCAGCAUAAGCCCCAUGCUGUCAAAGGACGCAGGAGAGCAAGUGUCUCUCGGCUCACUCCUUCACACUAGAAUGAUCAUAUUCUAUUCAUCAGACCACUAUCACAACACCAAAUACUACAUCAUUGCGAGUGUCAUUGCAUCAAUCAUGGUCACCUCCUUGGGCAUCUACAUUGGUUUCAAGGCGAGACUUAACGGCGGGUUGCCGCUACGGCCAUAUGAAAGGUAUUUGUUUAAGUCGGCUAUACAGAAGCAUGAGAGGAGACAAGAGGAGGCGUUGGCGGCACAGGAAGAGGCUCGGCGAAGUGCGUACGCUGCCGCGCCGGUGAACGAUGCUACUGCGUUUUCCUCGUAUCUGCAUCACAUGGAGGGAGGUCAUGCGGAAGGAGGUGCAAAGUCUGGUUCUGUGCAGGAAUCGAUGAGGCGGGAUGGUGAAGAGGCUUUGCCGGCGUAUGAGCCUCCUCUGGGACCACCUCCUCCUGUAGUGACGAGGUAA